UAGUUUUGAAGCCGAGUGUAAGUCGACGUCGACGUCACGUUGCAACGCGUCGUCUGUUGCACGCACUUGACACUUGCCACUCGCGUGACAACAAUCGGUGCAGUCAGCAGUUGCAAGCAACGUUCGCAGCUGGUGGAAACAUUCUUAAAAUAGCAAUCAAAUUAUAAACUGUAAUUGUUAUAAAAGGUUGAAAGGGAAAAUUGCAGUGGUCAACACGUGAGUGUGAAAGAGAGAGAGAGAGGUGUAAGAGAGAGCUUGUGAGUGUGUUUGUGUGUGUGUGCGUGCAUCUGUGUGUGUCAAGGGAACUCAACCCAAAAACCACCCAAGUUUGGCAAGUUGACCUUGGCCCAGUUGUUGGCCGCCCAGCAACAGCGACUAAGAAGAAGAAGAAGGAGAAAGAGAAGGAGAAGCAGCAGCUGAUGGUCGAGGAGAUUGGCUGCCUGAGACAAACUGGCGGCAUCGGCAUUCUCCUGGCCAUGCCCAGUCCAAGUGUGACGAGUGCAGCGCCCAUUGCUGCCACAACAGCUCAGCAACAACAUUCGCAGCAACAACAACAUUCGCAGCAGCAACAUUCACAGCAGCAACCACAGCAGCAUUCACAACAACAGCAGCAGCAACAUCUUCAGCAGCAUCCACAGGGACAUCCUCAGCAGCAUCCACAACAACAACAUCCACAACAACAUCCACAACAGCAUCCACAACAACAACAACAACAUCAUCAAUUAGCCAACGCAAUGAGCAUGUUAACCGUUAAAUCGAACGCUGUUGGCGGAGGCGCCUCGCGUUAUCUUUGGACAGACCGCGAGCUUUUGAUGCAUCUCCAGAAUUACACGCCUCUCAUUCUGCUCAUCGAUUUCGUGGAGAAGACGCGCACUAAACGCUUCUACGAAAGCUCCGAACGCUACGAGAUUCUGAUGCUCGUCUUCAUCAUGCGCAAAGGAGCGCCAUUUUGUGAGAACAAACGCUUUCCGGCGGAGUAUUGGGUGAAUCUAUCCGUGGGUCCCAUUGCGGAGGCCUUUGAUCGCCUGCAGGCAGCCAUCGAUAUUCCCGAUCCCCAGAUGCCCAUCCACAUGAGCGUUACGGAUUUGACCAGCUGGAAGCAGAUGUUCGAUGUCGCCAUGCUGGAUAUCAGACGCUAUGCUUACUACACCGAUCCGCUGCAAUUGGCCGAUGUCGGUGUCUAUAAUCGCAUCACGUUCGAGCAGCGAUUCAGCAUGCAGUGGCUGGAAUAGAAGUGAGGAGUGAACAAGAAGAAGAGGAACAUGAAGAGCAGUGAUUAAUUUAAGAGAAUUGAUAGCGUGACCUUGACCCCAAGUAGUCUGCUUACAAUAUUGCGUAUACGUAUUCUAACUCACCACACACAGUAUUCACCACUUACCAAGUAUUCACCACUGACAGUAUUCACCU